AUGACAGGCUUAUUCGCAUACCAAGGGACAGAUGGAUGGCAGCCUCCAGAGGUGGCAAUUGAGGAUGCUAUCCAGAAAGAUGCAUUUGCUCCUCAUCUUCUGCCAAAAAGUGACAGCUUCGUUUUUGGUCUGCUAGCACUUUCCAUAUUCUUGAAAGAUGGAGACUGCCUGUUCGCGUUGCCACCACAAAACUUCCCCCUGGAAGCUUCCAGGCUCAUCGACAGCAAUACAGAUGCGUCUCUGGACCGUACUAUGAAGCAGAUGCUCAAAAAACUGUGUUAUACAUUGCUUGCUCACUCGCCACAGGGUCGUGCAAACGUCAAUUUUCAGUUGCUUCAGUGCGAGAGCGUUAGCUUUGCCGACUGGUUUUGCGUCAAAAGUUCUAGAGUCAAACGCACAAACCCUGGGAAGAAAGUGAUAGAUGGCUUCUAUAACUACUGGUCCAAACUAGAACUUGCUAUCCUUAGUCAACUCGAAAGGCAAUAUGACGAGCUCCUCGCCAAUGCUAACAAUCCGAUGUAUAGUGGGGAGACUUUGCUCGGUAUGGCAAUCGCUCAUUCACAUAAGCCAGGUCCAGGCUAUGGUGACAAGGUCGUGAAAUUUGUAAGGGCGGCAGCAGAGCUUGGCCAUGUACCUGCUCAAGGUAUAAUCAAAAGACUCCAAGAUGCUCACGGCCAAGUCAGUAGUAAACAUGAAAAUCGAGAUGAGCUGAGAAACUGGCUUUUCAAUGCAGCUUCCACGGGCUCUUACAUCGCGUUGCAAGAUUUGCGUGCCGAAGAUAAAGGGUUGUUCGAAGCAGCGAAAAAUUCAUUUCGCAAGAAUGGCGGUUAUAACCGGGAGAUGGCAGAGACAGCAAGGACAAAACUCAUGUUGUUACGCGAGAACUUCCAGAAGUACUGCGACUCUCAUGACAUACGACUAGCGGUUGACCUUCAAGGCAACACAAUCCUUCAUACCGUUGCCGUGUAUGGCCAAGUCGAACUGAUCAGAUUACUCGUUGCGAAAGGUGCUGCAGUUGAUGCACGCAAUGAAAAUGGCGAAACCCCUCUAUAUCAAGCUUGUUUGGCAGGAAACUCUGCUUCAGCUGAAGCAUUGGUAAGUCUUUCAGCAGACGCUGCCAUUACUUCACACCCACAUAAUAUCUCCUGCAUGCACUGGCUCUUCCAUUUCAACACAAGUGUCAUGGACAGAAUGUUAGAGCUCCUGAAAUCUAAUGGCGCAAACGUGCGAGCUUUAACGUCCCCGAUACUUGAGGGAAAUCGUCAGUGGAAAUCCUGGGCACAUUUCCCUUUCCAUUGGCCACAAGGAUCCCCUUUGCACUGGGCGAGUUUUACAGGCUCAUUUGAAGCCAUCAAAGCCCUUCUUAAAGCUGGUGCUCAUAUUGAUGAUCUCAACGCUGAGGAUGUGACUAAUGCGCAGACCGCUCUCUCAAUGGCAAUGCAUCGUGCGGACCCAACCAUGGUCAGAUUUCUCUUGUCAAAGGGGGCUGAUGCCACGUUUCUUGACAGGAGAGGUUGCAGUCCUGCUCACAUGCUAUCACUUAACGUCUCUGUAACGCAGCAUAUGUUUCACAUGUCGAAAGCAUUGCACUGGUGGGUCUAUCAUGGAACGUUGGAAAAUCAUCUUGCCCAAGUCAAAGAAUCAGCAAAUGCACUCAAGUCUGCUGGCAAUGAUUUGCAAAGCGAAACGCAUCGGCUCGCGGUGAGGUCUCGUGUCUCGCCUCUGAUUGAUGCAGUGAGAUCUGGAGAUGGUGGUGUUGUGCUUGGCCUGCUUGCUGCAGGUGUCUCUCCUAGUUGUGUUGAUGAGGUUGGGAGAAACCCCUUACAUAGCUGGAUAACAUCCUGCGAGAAAACACGAUUGGCGUAUCACACGACAUAUGAAAGGGUAUGCGAAAACCUCCUGGGAGGCAUUGCAGAUGUCAACGCUCGGGACGACUUUGGUCAAGCCAUUGUUCAUAGCGCCAUACUUUCCUCGGACUUUCCAUAUCUCAUGGAGCUUUUCAAGUCGUCCAAAAGGCCAGUGGAUAUUAAUGCUGCUGAUGACACUGGUGAGACCGCUUUGCUUGGAUCUCUUAGACUCAUGUGGGUGGAUGUGGAUGGCAAGUCACUAGCUGGACGGUAUUCGAUUUUGCUCCAGCAACACGGGGCUAACUUGGAUGCUCGAGAUCACAAUGGAUGCGACUUCAUAUGGAACGUCUGUAACAACAAUGCACUUUUCGACGACGAAUGCCUGAGUCUAAUCAAAAGACGCCUCCAUGGCCUUAGCCAUCAGGAGCAGCGUCUAUUGGUCUUAAAAUCAGUCAACAAGAGGAGAGGUAUAACGGCCGUACAUGCGGCUAUACUGAACCAGUACAUAUCUGCCGUCAAGUUUUUCAUCGAUCUGGGUCUUGAUAUCAAUCAGACGUGCAAUGGUUGGAAGGCCUUAGACCGGGCAUUGGUGGCCGGACAAACGAUGCGCUUCGCGCACCUCAAAGGAUGGCUGAUACAUGAAAAGCUUGUGCUCAGAGACAGACUUGAGCCUCGAAGAACGGUGGACUCCCUCUUUGAGGAGACUCACUCUGAGUCAGACAUGGGCACGUACGUAAUCAACGGGAUCAACUUUAAUGCUCGAGAAAAAUAUUUCGCUGCGUCAGAUCUCAUCAAGAUGUUAAUAGCCGCCGGAGGAAAAUCGGAUAGACACUUCAUCGCGACUGUGGGGCAUCAAUGUGGCCCAAGAGAAUAUGAUGCAGAUUUAUUAGAAUCAAUCGAAGCAUCAGCGUUGCAAGGCAUCACUGCCGACAAGCAACCUUUCUACGAUCGCUGGGCAAUACUUUACGAGCUCAUGGACUACUAG